UAAACAUUUCCCACUUCUUGCUUAAGUGUCAGUUAAUUAAUUAGAGAAUGAAUAUGCAGCAGAUUGUUGGAGCUUAUCCUGAUGGAGAAUGGGACUUUCUUAGCAGAAUGUUCUCAACAGAUGAUCAGAUUGUUGAUUUCACUUCUGAUCAAUUUCUGGGCCAAUCUUCAUUCCCUUUCCAGAACAAUGAUGAAGAUCAAAUGCAGCUUGAUAAUAAUGACCUGUCAGCUUUUUUCCCCAAUCCUGAAGCCAAUGAGAAUCUGUUUUAUUCCUGGAAUAAUCUCAACCCUGAAUUUCAUCUUCUUUCUCAGGAAAAUAGCAGCAGCAGUAACAGUAGCAGCCAAGAAAAUCAUUUCUUUGAUAAUUCUAAUCAUAUUUCUGCGGCGAAUGAUAUUUCUCUGUCCAUGGAUUUUUGUAGUAUCACCGAUGAGAAGAAUUCAGGCUCAUUUAUCUCCAUGUUUCCUGAAAUUGUAAUGGCUGAAUCUGUCUGUAUCAAUGAAACUAAUGCUCCACCAGGAAAUAAUGCUUUUCCUGAAGAGGAAAUGCAGCUCAAAAGAAAGUACGAUGUUACUGAAUCGGAAAUCAACCCGACCAGCAGAAAAAAGUCUCGUGUUCCUAGAGAUGUAACUUGUAAGAAUAAGAAGAACGCAAGAUCAAAGAAAAAUGCGAAAAAUGAGGAAGAAUAUAGAAAUGCUGGACCAGAAGGUCAAAGCUCGAGCAGUUGCAGCUCAGAGGAAGACAAUGCCUCGCAAGAAUCGAACGAAGAUUCUAAAGUUUCAGAAGCUCUCAAUUGCAGUGGCAAGGCAAGAGCUGGUAGAGGAUCUGCUACUGAUCCACAGAGCCUGUAUGCAAGGAAAAGAAGGGAGAGAAUAAAUGAGAGAUUGAGAGUCUUACAGAAUCUAGUUCCUAAUGGAACAAAAGUUGACAUCAGUACAAUGCUAGAGGAGGCGGUGCAGUAUGUCAAGUUUUUGCAGGUUCAGAUCAAGCUUUUAAGCUCAGAUGAUCUGUGGAUGUAUGCGCCUAUUGCUUACAAUGGGAUGGACAUUGGACUCGACCAUAAGAUCUCUAUGCUUCUAUGAUCUUGGAGAGAAAUUAAGCUGCCUCCAUAGCUUUAAAUUAACAGAGUUAUGAAGACUAAUUAAUGAGGAAAUUAAGUAUUAUAUAAUAAGUUAACUAUAUAAGUUCUAUGUUUCUAUCACGAAUAGUAAGAUUUAAUUGGUUGUUGUUUGCAAUGUUCUUAAAUGU